GACCCACAAACCCACAUCAGAACAUGAGAAUGCGGUGUGUGUGUGUGUGUGUCAAGGGCACGAGAUAACGCGACAUUCACCACGGAAUAAACCGUCACGUUGAUUCAGAUGCUGAACGGAUCCGCGUCGGCUCGUGAUCUGAGCGGGUUCGGCGGAAUUCGGCCUGGUUCUGGGGGGUUCCUCUCGUCUGUGGAUUUAAAUGGACACACGAGUCGCGAUUCUGAUCCGAAUCUGAUGCGCGUGAAUGAAACACCGAGAUUCUGCAUAUAAACAUCUGUAAUAAUAAUAAUCUGAAUAUAAACAUCUGUAAUAAUAAUAAUCAUUAAUGUUGUGAUCUUCAGCAUCGACUCCAUUUUGGAUCUGUUCUCAGAUUGUAUUGAUGCAUUUAUUCUUCUGAAUGAUCUGUUUGCUGUUAUUAUUGUUUAUUUAAAUGAUAAACCCGUGCAUUAUCAAACACUCGAGCAUCUCUGGUUCUGAUUCGGUUCUGGAAUGAUGAUGAUGAUGAUGGAGUUCGGCUCGUGAAUGAGGGGGAUGAAGUCUGCCCUGCCAACACACAUGAAGAUGAUGAUGAUGAAGAGCUGAUGAUGAAGAUGAUGCUGGAGUCACAGAAUGCGAGUCAGGAGAUCGGUGAGGAGGUGGAGGAUGGAGUCGUGUUCAGUAUCUCUCUGAGGAAGGUCCAGAUGUAUCAGACGGGCGGUAAAGGUCAGCGCUGGUUGGGUGUGGAUUCGGACGCGUCCGUCAGUCUGUAUGACACGUGUAAGCUGCGGACCAUUAAAGCGGGAACACUGGAGCGUCUGGUGGAGUACAUGGUGACCGCCUUCAGAGGAAACGACUCCACAUACGUCACCAUCUUCCUCUGCACGUAUAGAACGUUUGCUACAACCAAACAAGUGCUCGACCUCCUGCUCAACAGAUAUGCUAAACUGCAGCAUCAGCACGGCGGUGAAGCUCGAAGAAUGACCCCCGAUGAACGCACAGAUCUCAGGAACACCAUCUCCUCUAUACUGGGUGCCUGGUUGGAUCAGUAUUCCGAGGACUUCUGGAAACCUCCGGAAUACAGCUGCCUGAGACGACUGAUCCACUAUCUGCAGCUCAACUUCCCCGGCUCUGAUCUGGAGCGACGUGCCUGUAACCUCCUGACGCAAUUCCACCGCAGACUCCAGCAGGAAUCAGACCAGGACGUGUUGGAUCAGGCGUGUUGCGCUUUCACAAUGCUGGAGGAGAACGGAUUCCACGAAGAUCGGCCUGAUUUCCUGACCUUUGACCCUACAGUGGUGGCGGAGCAGUUUACCCUCAUGGACGCAGAGCUGUUUAAGCGUGUGGUGCCGUAUCACUGUCUGGGCAGCAUCUGGUCUCAGAGAGAUAAGAAAGGAAAAGAACAUCUGGCGCCGACCAUCAGAGCAACCGUCAGUCAGUUCAACCGUGUCACCAACUGUGUCAUCUCCACCUGCUUGAGUGACCGGACGCUCAAACCCGUCCAGAGAGCGCGAGUCCUGGAGCACUGGAUCCAAGUGGCCCGAGAGUGUCGGAUCUUGAAGAAUUUCUCGUCUCUGCGUGCGAUUCUGUCGGCGCUGCAGUGUAACCCGGUUCACCGGCUCAAGAGGACGUGGGACGAGGUGUCACGAGAAAAUAUUCGCAUCUUCCAGGAGCUUUCCGAGAUCUUCUCUGAUGAGAACAACCACUCACUGAGCCGAGAACUGCUCAUAAAGGAGGGAACAUCUAAAUUUGCCACUCUGGAGGUGAACCCGAAACGAGCCCAGAAGCGGCAGCAGCCACAGAGAGAUCUGACAGUGAUGCAGGGAACCAUUCCUUAUCUGGGAACAUUCCUCACAGAUCUGGUGAUGAUGGAUACGGCCAUGAAAGACUAUCUGGACGGCGGCCUGAUCAACUUCGAGAAGAGAAGAAAGGAGUUUGAGGUCAUCGCUCAGAUCAAGUUGUUACAGUUGGCGUGUAAUAAUUAUAAUUUUAAGCGUGUGUCGGCUUUCAGCGUGUGGCUCUCCAGGGUGCAGAAACUGACAGAAGCCGAGAGUUAUAGUCAGUCGUGUGAGAUCGAGCCGCUCUCUGAAUCGGCCUCAAACACGCUCCGAGCCAAGAAGAGUUCUGGAAUCAUGAAGAGAUGGAGCGAUCGUCAGCCGGUGGGUUCUGGUGAAGGCGGCUCCAGCAGUUCUCACUCAAAGUCUUUCGAUCAGCUGCGUUUCCCGCCGUGUUUGAGCGGUUCGGUGGGCGACGGCUGUGACUCACUCAGUGUAACAUCAGCGGGCUCGAGCAGCUCUGACGUGGAGGAGGUCAACAUCAGCUUCAUCUCUGAGUCACCGGACGCUCUGGAGAGGAAGACGUCAACGCCCUUCGUAAAACAUUCCAAUUCUACCUUAGGAAAGUGCGGCCCGCCAGCAGACCUGAUACCAACGUUCUGGGAGUCCACGUCUCUGUCGUCUCUGGACGCGUCAGGUCUCGGCUCCGGUUCGGGCUCCAGUAGUGCCUCCUCGUCUUCAGUGUCGUC